AUGAUUAAUAAAAUAAUUGACAAAUAUAACAUUAAUGAACCUCGAUACACUAGAAGUUUAACUAAAUCAUUUCCAUAAUCUAAAAGAAAUAGAGAGACAGAGCUUAUUUAUUUAAACAAAGUGAAUGCAUUUAGUUUAUUAAAAAAUUAUUAAAUUGAUUACUUAUAUAGAUCAAUUAAAAGUGUAGAAUUUACAAGAGGACAUUUAAUCUUUUAGGAAGGAUAAAAAUAUGAUGCAAUUUAUGUAAUCAAAUAAGGGGAAAUAGAAAUAUUUAAAAAAGAACCAAUCAAUCAUUAAAUUUAAUAACAUGAUCAAUUAAAUAAAAAAAAUAUGUUCAUCAAAUGAUUAAAGUUCUAGGUGAAUAAACUGCUUUUGAAGUAGGAGAUACUCUAACUGAAAUAUAUUCUAUCAAUGCUAGGGUUUGCUCACAUUUUGCAGAAUUAUAAGUAAUUAAAGUGUAAGAUUAUAAGCGUAUCCUUGAUAUGGAACCAUAAAUAAAAUUAUAAUAAUAGGAAUCUGAUAAUAUGGAUGAUUUUGAAGUGAUAACGAAAUAUUAAUUGCCAUCUCUAUAUGAUUCAGUUAAGAAUUUAUAGACUUAAAAAUAAGAUAUUUAAUAUCUAAAAAAAAUAAGGAAUGGCAUCACAUACCUUUUACCAUAAUCCUAAAGAAUAUAUAUAAUGAAGAAUUUUUAUAUUGAUUAAAGUCUAGAAGAAAUCUAUAAGUAUUGUAAUAAAUCUAUUCAAGAAAGUCGGUAAUUUUGCAUGAGAAAAUGCUCCCAUAUUAUUAAUAAGUAGAUUUACAUAAUCCUCUAAUAAAAGGAUAGGAAGUAAUAAAUGAUAGAUUAUUGUUGAAUAAGGUACUUUAGAAAGAAUAUACAAUUAAGAUUCCAAAAUAAUAAUCGAAAAAGAUUAAAUUAAUGAAUUAGAGUUUUAUAUCAUCAGCAAAUAGUCCUAUGAGCAGGAAACUGUAAUUAGUAUUUUAGAAAGAUAAAAAAUUGAAAUAAAAUUUAUCAAUUAAUGAUGUUACGCAUCGAGAAAAAAAAGAUUAAGAUUAUAUAAGAUAUGUCCCCUAAUUUUUUUUCAUUUGA